UGUGACAAAAACACAACGAGACAUGUCUCCCGAGAGUUGUCACUUGCAGACAAAACCAAUCACAGCUAGCCCGCUAGCCAACUAAUAUCGUCAAUUAUCAUCCAUAAGAUAUGGAUGGUAGUGGGGAUGGAUGGAAGUAACCCAGAUUUAACAGCACUUUGCCUGGCCACCGCUCGGAAACAAGUCGAAGGUAGCCAGCAAGAUAGCUAGCUGUGUUUCUUACUGUCAUGGUAGGCAGCUAGCUAGCUCUACAUCUGGCUAGCGCUGGCUAGCUACCCACAUAAAAGGAGGAUUACGGAGCUGGGUUGGGGUGUGGAGAUGAUUCGACUGGGAGAAUCAACGUAAGUAGCUAGCUAGCUUCUCCCUCAGAGCCAGAAAACACUUGCUAACAAAAACAACACGCCGCAAAGACACUACAACCAGGAUAUCUGCAAGUACAGCACAGCUUUUAUGCCCCUUCUAUGACGGUUGCUGUCAUCUGGAGUUAUGUACCCCCCGCCCAGAAAGGACUUCAUCUCCCUCACCCUCAGUGACCAGCACAGCCGCAGCUACAACAAUGGCAAGCACCGUCGUCAAUCCUGCUUGAGGAAAUGGAAGCAGCUGUCUCGCCUGCAGCGCAGUCUGGUCCUCUUCCUCCUGGGCCUGCUGCUGGUCUUUGGACUGCUGUCCUACCCUGGUCUCUCUAGGCCGUGGGGAGACGUGCCUGACAGGGAGGACUGGAUUGAGCUGGAUGACAGAGAGCUGAGACCAGUUCCUCCAGGGGCCAACCCCGUGGCUGGCCCUGCUGUGGGGGCGGGGCCAGCUGCUGUGGGGGCGGGGCUGGCUGCUGUGGUGGGGGCGGGGCCAGCUGCUGUGGGGGCUGGGCCAGCUGCUAUGGGGCUGGCUGCAGGGCCAGAGGUGGGCCCAGGCCUCAUCCCUGUCCCUGAGAUCAUCCCAGAGAUCCCCGAGCCACAGAAACCCAAGGUCCUCCUUCUACCCAAACCCCUUGUCAAGAAGAGGCCGUUCCCGAACAAGAGAGGCCCUCCCAGCCAGCAGAGGCAGCAUAGGGCGGGGAACGCCUCAGAGCUGCUGCCCAGGGAGCAGCCACAGCCUCCUGGGAACACUGAGGAGGUGGAAGAGGACAAGGGAGAUAAACAACUUGUCAGCUGGAGAGGGGCCAUGAUCGAGGCGGACCAGGGUACGGAGGCCCCUCCCUCCCCUAAUGAGAGAGACGUCCCUGCCUCCCCCGGGGACGCCAGGGACGCCAGUCCCCUGGAGCCAGUUUCCAUGAGUUCCGUAGACAGGCUGGAGGUUGUGCGAGAGGCCUUCACGCACGCUUGGAAGGGCUACAAGGAGUUUGCCUGGGGCCACGACGAGCUGAAGCCCCUGUCCAAGUCGGAGUGGUUCGGUCUGGGUCUGACGCUGAUCGACGCCCUGGACACCAUGUGGAUCCUGGGGCUGAAGGAGGAGUUUGCGGAGGCCAGGAAGUGGGUGGAGACAGAGCUGUCCUUCUCCAAGGAUGUGGACGUGAACCUGUUUGAGAGCACCAUCCGCAUCUUGGGAGGCCUGCUCAGCACGUACCACCUGACCGGAGACCAGCUGUUCCUCGACAAGGCGACAGACAUCGGCACCAGACUGAUGCCUGCCUUCAAGACCCCCUCCAAGAUCCCCUUCUCUGACGUGAACCUGGGGAAGGGCUCGGCCCAUCCGCCCCGCUGGACGUCCGACAGCACGGUUGCCGAGGUGACCAGCGUCCAGCUGGAGUUCCGAGAGCUCAGCCGCCUCACCCAGGACCCGCAGUACCAGGAGGUGGUGAACGAGGUGAUGAGGCUUGUCCACAAGCUGCCAGGGAAACGCGAUGGUCUGGUGCCCAUGUUCAUCAACACCAACAGUGGCCAGUUCACCCAUAAAGGGGCGUUCACGCUGGGCGCGCGGGCAGACAGCUACUACGAGUACCUGCUCAAGCAGUGGAUCCAGGGAGGCAAGACAGAGAAUGACCUGUUGGAGGACUACCUGCAGGCGGUGGAAGGGGUGAAGAAACACCUUCUUAAACAGACUGGACCCAGCAGAAUGACCUUCGUAGGGGAGAUGUCCCAAAACCGAUUCAACCCCAAGAUGGACCACCUGGUGUGCUUCCUCCCAGGAACGCUGGCUCUGGGCGCUCACAACGGGCUGCCCGCAGAGCACAUGGAGCUGGCCCUGCAGCUGAUGGAGACCUGCCACCAGAUGUACGUUCAGAUGGAGACGGGCCUGAGCCCUGAGAUCGCCCACUUCAACAUGCAGCCCCACGACGGCCGCGAGCUGGACGUCAAGCCUGCUGACAGACACAACCUCCUGCGUCCGGAGACUGUGGAGAGCCUGUUUUACCUGCACCGCUUCACUCAGGACAGCAAGUACCGCGACUGGGGCUGGGACAUCCUCCAGAGCUUCAACAAGUACACCCGGGUUCCCAGCGGGGGCUACACCUCCAUCAACAACGUGCGUGACCCCGUGAACCCGGGGCCCAGGGACAAGAUGGAGAGCUUCUUCCUGGGAGAGACCCUCAAGUACUUUUAUCUGCUCUUCUCAGACGAACCGGACCUCCUUAGCCUGGACAAGUACGUGUUCAACACCGAGGCCCACCCCCUCCCCAUCUGGCCCUCCGCUCCCUGAGACACGGGAGUCAGCCCCCCCAUCGAGCCGCUCGGCAUUCUGGGGGCUCUUCCUGUCGAGCAAUCAACAGCUUUAAAAA